GCGUGAUUGCCGUACUGCCGUUACCGUAGUGACGCUCAGCAUUAAAUCCUCUUAGUGUCCAGCUGAGCGUUUGUUUUAUUGAAUUUAAAUGUUUCUUUUUAGUUAAAAACCUCUCUGAGAGUGUGGAUUGAUUAUGGCGUCCGUGUUAGACGCUCUAUGGGAGGACAGAGACGUUAGAUUUGACAUCACCGCGCAGCAGAUGAAAACCAGACCAGGUGAAGUUCUCAUCGACUGCCUGGAUUCAAUAGAGGACACGAAGGGAAAUAAUGGCGAUAGAGGUAGACUCCUGGUGACCAAUUUAAGGAUAAUCUGGCAUUCACUGGCUCUGCCAAGAGUUAACUUGUCAGUGGGAUACAACUGCAUUAUUAAUAUCACCACGAGGACGGCAAAUUCAAAAUUAAGAGGUCAGACGGAAGCGCUUUACAUAUUGACCAAAUCAAAUAACACAAGAUUUGAGUUCAUAUUCACAAAUGUGGUUCCUGGAAGUCCGAGGCUGUUUACAUCUGUCAUUGCUGUACACAGGGCUUAUGAGACCUCUAAAAUGUAUCGUGAUCUGAAGCUGAGAGGAGCUCUGAUUCAGAACAAACAGUUGAGACUCCUGCCACAGGAACAGGUUUAUGAUAAAGUCAAUGGAGUCUGGAACCUGUCCAGCGAUCAGGGUAAUCUUGGAACCUUUUUUAUCACUAACGUGAGGAUCGUGUGGCAUGCCAACAUGAACGAGAGCUUCAACGUCAGCAUUCCAUAUCUGCAGAUUCGUUCCAUACGGAUUCGAGAUUCCAAAUUCGGACUUGCUCUUGUCAUCGAGAGCUCUCAGCAAACCGGAGGAUAUGUGCUGGGGUUUAAGAUCGAUCCGAUGGACAAAUUACAGGACGCAGUGAAGGAAAUCAACUCAUUGCAUAAGGUGUACUCGGCCAACCCCAUUUUUGGUGUGGCAUUUGAGAUGGAGGAAAAGCCUCAGCCGCUGGAGGAACUGACUGUAGAACAGCUUCCAGAUGAUGUGGAGAUUGAACCAGAUGAACACACGGAUGCUUUUACUGCUUACUUUGCUGAUGGAAAUAAGCAACAUGAUCGUGAAGCGGUGUUCUCUGAGGAGCUGGGUCUGGCUAUAGAGAAACUGAAGGAUGGAUUCACACUACAGGGACUCUGGGAAGUCAUGGGUUAAAACUGAGAACCUUGUUGUGACCAUUAGACAUACAGCUGUACAGUAGGAGUUGCACACGGAAACAAUGCAAAUUUAUAUUUACAACAUCAACUUUGUUAAAAAAAACUUUGUUCAUGAUAGUAUUUAUUUGAUAAUAUAAAGUUUACAAGUCAAAUGUGAACCCCGUGCAGGACCAAGUUAAGGGUACUUUGGAUACAUAUGAAUGUAUGUAUAAUAUUUAUACUUCUGAAUGCCGAAUAUCAUUUGUACAUUAGAACCUGUACAGUUGUUUUGUGUAGAGAGCUGUUUGCAUUUGUGCUGUAAUAAAAUGUUGUGUUUGUGUUGA